CGAACAUUCACUUUCUCCCUUGAAGCCUUUCUUUUUCCUCCCGCCCCUCCCAGUUUGUUUUGGCCUUUAGGGUUCGGUUUCAAUUUACAAAGAAUACAGGAAGGCAAAGCAGUCACUCACUCGUGGAAUCCGUCGCGCCGAAUUGUUAAAGGUUCCUGGGCAAGGUCAGCAAGCUAAAAGCUUAUCUCAAGCCUCUAGAGAUGGGAGAAGUAAAUUUCAUGCAAGAGGACGAUAUUCGAUUGGAGACUACACGUGCAAGAUUUGCAAAUGUUGUCAAAAGGAACGCCCAACUUACAGAGCGUCUCUCCAGGGAUUCUGAUAAGAUGAUAUAUGAGCGUCUGCAAAAAGAAUUUGAAGCUUCAAGAGCUUCUCAAAGUCGAGAGAUUAACUUAGAUAGUGAACAGUGGAAUGACGGGCUAUUAGCUACAAUAAGAGAGCAGGUUCAUAUGGAGGCUGACAGAAAGGCCACAUCUGGGGACACAAACAACAUUCCAACAUCUCAUUUCCAGGAAAAGGUUACUUACAGAGUCGGAAAUAAGGUGAUUUGUUGUUUGGAAGGGACAAGAAUCGGCAUACUAUAUGAGACAUCUUUUGCAGGGGAACCUUGUGAGCUGUAUCAUUGUGUGCUAGAGAGCAAGUCUUUUCUUGAAAAGAUGACUGUCAUUGAACAUACAAUUCCUUUCUUUCUGCCACUACGAGAAGUAGAAAAUGAUCUUCUUUCUUCUAAUGCCAUGACGUUUAUAGAUCAUAUUGGAGAAUUAUUGCAUGCUUAUGUGGACAGGCGUGAACAGGUUCGGCUUGUUAAGGAGCUGUAUGGAAAUCAAAUAGGAGAGAUGUAUCAUAGUCUUCCGUACCACAUGAUUGAAUUUGCACUUGAUGAUUCUGAUUGCAAGGUGACAAUCAGUCUUAGAUAUCCAGAUCUUGUUUCUGUUCUUCCGACUCGAGUAAAAGUUCUAGUGUGGCCAAUGCAUCAAUUUAAGAAGAAUCAUACAAGCUCCGCCGGAGCAAUAGGCUCCCAACCUAUUCCAGCUCGAUUAUCUUAUGCGGAAGAUGCUUUGAGAACCAUGAGCUUACCAGAAGCAUAUGCGGAGAUUGUGUUGAAUCUACCACAAGCGCUGCAGCAAAUAUUUCAGGUUGGGAGCCCUAGUUAGCACUUCACUUCACUUUCCUUUCAGUAUGUGCUGUACAAAAGUUGUAUGGGUUGUAUAGGAUGACCUACAUGCAUAUAUACUUAUGAAUCAUCGAGUAUUGUUGGAUUUCCAUCAUUUAGUUAGUAUAGAGGAACAUCCCCAAUUUCUUAUUACCAUGCUUUACUUCACCAUUAUGGUUCUUUUUGUUUUUCUUACUGCCCACAAAUUUUUUGGUGGAUAAACUUGAUUUUAUUUAUGCAAAGAAAGCAACAGUGUUCUGCUUAAA